CGAGCCCCGGCCAUGGGCGAGAGGCGGCGCGGGGAGAGCGGCGAGCCGGGCACGGGUUUUCCGGCGGAAUCCGAGGAGCUGUUGGAGCGGGCGGUGGAGCUGCUGCGGAGCUGCUGCCGCGAUUCCGGCUCCCAGCAGGGAUUCCGCUACAGCCAGGCCAUCCUGGUGGAGAACGAGCUCUUCCGGAGCGAGCUUCGAGCCUUUGCCCGCGCCAAGGCGGCGGCCGGGUACAGCCCCGAGGAGCUGCGCGAGAGCUUCGCCUUCCUCCUGUUCGAGCGCGAGGACGAGGCCAGGGCGGUGUGCCAGCGCGGGCUCCGUGUCAACAGCAGCUCCCUGCGAUCCCUGGGAGAUCCCGCCAAAGGUGUUUACAUUUCUGAAUAUCCCGACUGGCAGCGUGGCAAAUCCGGCUUCAUCGUCAUCUGCCGCCUCAUCAAGGGCAAGGUGCGUCCGGUGUCCGAGAGCUCCGGGAGCUGCAGCCGCCCCUCCCCCGGCUACGACUGCCACGCCUCGGCGCGGAGCGGCCAGUGUUACGUGUUCGAGGUGAGCGGCGGCGGCGGCGCGGCCGAGCGGCCCCGGCAGGUCUGUCCCUACAUCCGGCUGGCCUGGAGCCGGGAAACGCGCCCGGAACACGGAGCCGGAAUAGCGGAGCAGAAACCCCAAGCCCCGUGCCGCUGGCGGGGUCAGCUGUGCCUGCGGGGUCGGCGCCUGGGAACCAUCGCCCUGCGCAGCGCCCACGGCGCCGUCCCGGCCCAGCUGUGA